CCCCCUUAAUAAUGGCGGUACUUUAUGAUUUCUAUCUCCUAUAAAAGCUUUAGAUGUCCGUCCAAUCGGCACCAGUCUUCUGCUGUCCUCCGUUUAAUAAAGCAUGAUGAAGACUACCGUGUUCAUUGUUCUCUUGAUCUCCGCCGCCUUUGCUGAGGAGAAGAAGACCACAAAACGUGGUGUCUACGGUGAAUCCUUAGCAUUGGGAGUUGGGAGUGUGGGCCUUGGACACGGUGGCAUCGCUUUAGGCAGUGGUCUGUCGUCAGGAGCAAUUCUGGGAUCUGGGAUACAUGGUGGCAGUAGCGGACUAAUUUCAUCCCAUGGAUACGGUCUCGGUCUAGGAAGUUACGGUUCAUCCCUUGGCUCUGGAAUAGGCUUGGUCGGUUCCGGAAUUGGGCUGUCCGGCUCCGGAAUCGGUCUAGGUUCUGGAAUCGGCAUCGGCUCUGGAAUAGCACAUGGUCCCAUCAACCUUGGAGCUUCUGUUUCCCGCCACAUCACCGUCACCAACAGAGUCGGAAUUCCAGUACCACAUCCCGUACCAGUCACCGUACACAAGGACGUUCCAGUGCCAGUACCACACCCAGUCCCUGUCCCCGUGGACCGUCCUUAUCCCGUACAUGUACCUAAACCUUAUCCAGUUCCAGUAAUAAAAACCAUUCCCGUGCCAGUAGACAAACCUUAUCCUGUGCCCGUUAAAGUACCAGUGAAAGUGCCUGUUUCAGUACCCGUUAAAGUACCAGUACCUAGACCUGUGCCUGUACCUAUCCACAAGCCUUACCCUGUACCUGUAGCAGAUCCUGUUAUUGUCAAAAAACCAGUACCUGUUGCCAUCCAUGGUCACGAUAUUGGUUUGUCUAGCAUUGGGCUCGGAUCUGGGAUUGCGCUUGGAUCUGGAAUAGGAUACGGGCAUGGAAUUGGAAUUGGAUAUGGAUCUGGAAUUGGACACGGAUCUGGAAUUGGAUACGGAUAUGGAUCUGGAAUAGGAUAUGGCAUUGGAGGACACGGUAUUGCUCUUGGUGGACAUAGCAUAGGACUCGGUUCUGGUAUUGCGCUGGGAUCCCAUGGAAUUGGAUUAGGUUCUAGCUUAAAAUCAUGGUAAUUUUCUGUGAUGUUAGUCAUCUUCAUUCAUUUAUAAAUAUGCCAUAUGAUACAUGAUAGAAACUAGUCCCCAUGUGGUUUCACGUAUUUUGCAUU